AUGGCCAAGGAUCGUCCCAAGACGACGACCAAGGUGCGCGGCAAGCCCACCACUCAGCCCGCACCAAAGGCGGCCAAGGCCCCACGCGGCGCAAAGGCUCCCGCCAAGGCCACCAAGGCAACAAAGGCCCCCGCCAAGACCACAAAGGCCGCCAAGGCUCCAGCCAAGACCACAAAGGCCGCCAAGGCCCCCGCCAAGACGGCCAAGGGCGCCAAGGCCCCCGCCAAGACCGCAAAGGCCGCAAAGGGCACAAAGGCCACAAAGGCCGCCAAGGCCGCCCCCGUCGCCAGCCUCGAACCCAUGGACCCCGGGGUCAAGGUCAAGCGCCCUCUCAACAGCUUUAUGAUCUUUGCCAAGGACCAACGUGCCGUUCUCCGUCAGACCCAUCCCAACCUCCACCACUCGGAGCUCUCCAAACUCAUUGGUACCUCCUGGAACGAGCUUUCCUCCGAGGACCGUGCCAUCUAUCAGCAGCGUGCCGAUCAGCUCAAGCAGGAACACCAAGCCCUUUACCCCAACUACCGGUCCGUCGGUCCUGGCCAAUCUACUGCAUCUCAUUCGCCCCAUCUCUUGUUGCUGAUCUGA